AGAUGGAAGCUAUUCAUACAACAUACUUCAAAUAUUGAGAUGAAAACAUUAACGUGACAUUUCUCUGAGACUCCGACAUCACUAUAGAAAAUAACAAUGCCAAAACUAAGGAAUGCAAACUCACCAUCUUUAUCACCACUCAAGCAAGGUACCUGGAAACAAUAUGAUUCAAGCAGGGGAAAUCCAAAGCAAUGGCCACCUGAUGUCAACAUGCUGUUAUCCACAUCUCGUUGGCUUGAACUCUUUGGUCUUCAGAAGUACAAACUUGAACUUAAACAGAUAUUAUCCUCAAUUGGUUUUAAGCACAGUGAAGAAUAUGUGAAGUCUUUGCAGAAACCAGUCACUGCAAGUUAUUCAAGAGGAAUGUUUCCGCAAUAUGCUUGUGAAGAUGGAACUAAAUAUAAUCUGUUAGGAUCCUUAGAGAAAUUGAAAGAAUUAGAAACACAGCUGCAACGAGUUAUCGAAUUUUAUAAAGAAAGACUGGAAUGGCUCACCACGUCAAGUCGUCUUAUGUUUGGUGUCAUCCAAGAGCAGUUUGUCACUGUAGUUCUUGAUUUGCAUUGUUCAACGGAGGCUGAACUGGAUCUUGUAAAAUAUGCUUUGUUCAGUUUGGUCAAGGAACAGUUGAUGUACGUGACGAGAUUUAAUUUUAUCGGUUGCUCCAAAUAUCCGAUAAAAUGGCAAAGACGUUCUGUUGAUGUUUCUCAAGAAAGCAUAGAAGAGGUUUUGGAUUGGAUCUAUGAAUUACCAUUUGAUCGAGCGCACGAUGAAAUAUGUACCAUCGAAGCUUUGGUUGAAGCUACUGAGGACGAGGUUGAGAGCAUUUAUCUAUGUACUGAUGGUACAUGUCUUGGUAAUGGAAAUGACAAAUUGAGAAGAAAAAUAGAAGAUCUACUGAUUCCCAUCCAUAUUAUUGCUAUGAAGUGUAAUUCACCUUCGACCUUGCAUCUGUUACGAGAGGCUCUCAGACCCAAUGAAGGAAGAUUUCACAAGUUUUCCUUCAGCAAUAAUGAUUAUAGUAACGGAACAUCCAUGCGUACUUAUGUGGAUUGUGAAAUAGGUAGCUUAUCGACUUUGUCGAUUGUGGAUCGUAGCAAAAUGCAAGCAAAAUUGGAGGUUGGAAAAUGCCAAGAUGUAAUCGAAUUGAGAGAAGAAUUGAGUAAAGCUAGAGAAAAUGUGGCGGAGGUUAAAGCGAUACAGUUGUAUAUUACUCAACAAAAGCUCGCCGUAAGAGAACCUUCCCCAGAGAUGAAAGAGAGCAACGCAUCUCCGAAAGAGAAAACUGGGAGUGAACUCUACAUGGGGUCAAAGGAAUGGCUAACGAAACACAGUUUACAUGCAAAGAAAAUUGGGUUUUAUGAUGUGCUGCAAAACAUAGCCUUCAGACAUUGUGAUGGUGUGAUUGACGUUCCUAAUCACCUUAGUGACGAUGGUACAAUGCCUAUUGUGAAGUCAAAGCUGGUAGAUGCUAAAUAUUGUGAACAAUUUGCUCAUGUCAGGUGGAAAGAUGGCGAUGUCCGUCAUGUUCACAUUAGUGGCGAGGUUCACAGAAAUUAUGAACGAAGGGUAACGGCUGCCUUAGAGUCUUUUAAAAAGAGAAUACAAUGGCUUCGUAAAGGUAGCCGAGAAUUGUUUGGUACGAUCAUUGAAGACAAGAUUACAAUUUUGAUUGACACAUCAGCGUCCAUGAACUCGCGACUGUUCUUAGUAAAAGAUAAAUUGUACCAGCUGCUUCAGGAGCAAAUUAAGCACAAACAGAAGUUCAAUCUUAUCAAGUAUGAUUCUCAAGCAAUGGCCUGGCGCAGCAGACUUGUCGACUGCACAGAUCGGAACAUAAACGAUGCUUGGCAGUGGAUAAAAGGACUCACUGUUGGUGGUAGUACGAAUACGUUAGCCGCUCUGAAACUUGCGCUGUCCGAUGAACUCUGUGAAGCAAUAUAUCUGUUGACUGAUGGCAGGCCAGAUCAGCCAGCAAGUACGAUUUUGGCACAGAUACAUUUACGAGAUCCAAUUCCAAUCCACACCAUUUCUUUCAACUGUUCCGAUGGGACGGCAAAUGAAUUUUUGUGUAAAUUAUCGGAAAUGACUAAUGCCAGGUUUCAUUAUUUCUCCGAGAAUGGAAGCGUAGGAGGGGAAUCAGUAAAGGUUUACGAGAGCGAGGAUGUUCGUCUAAUACGCGAAGAAAUGGAACAGGGAACAAGAGAUCUGGAACGGUUAACCAGGUUGCGGGAUUGGUGUGCAAAACUUGAUUGGGUCAGCAGUAAUGUUAGCAAGACUAAAUCUAAUACCCUAGCAACUGUGACGUCCAAAGAUCCUUCCCGGGUUUCAAAACCUCGCGUAGUUAGGAAGAAGAAGAGUGCAAAAGCCGAAACGUCGACCAAGGUUGAAGACAAGAAGCUUCUAAACGAAGACAACUUGCUGUCGUCCGACAACGAGAGCACAGUGAAAUCUGAAUUGAGUGUAAAUGACGAAGAACAGAGCUUGGUAGAAAAAUCCACAAAGGAAGGCGAUGGAGACGUAAAGAAAUCACCCCAACCAGAUAAAAUUAAACGAAAAAAGACCGCCAAGAGAAAAAUUGUACCACACUCGUGUGAUCUAGGGUUGACAACAGUUUCUAAUAUCUCAGCAAAUCGACGAAAAGUGUCCUCUCCAACUGUGAAACCUUCAAAGCCUACGGAACAGCCCAAGUCACAAUGGAUCAGAAACCAUAAAGUUCUGGCAAGGAACAAUGUUGAUGGCUUCUACUACCCAGGUGCACUACGUGUCAAUAUUAAUCCUCGCUACGCCGAUGUUUCGUUUCGUGAUAUUGAGAAUCAAGUUGUGUCAUUACGUCAUAUUAUACCAAACGAAGGAUCACGACCUUGUCCCAGUUUGAAGGUCGGUGAUUUCGUUUUGGUGACGUUAACCCGUAGCGGUCGUCCACUUUGUUAUGUGCCAGGCGUUGUGUACGUUGUUCCAUUAAGACAGUCCAAAGCGACGAAGUUUUACACAAUUAUUCAUUAUAAUGGAUCAAAGGCCACUGCUCUGCGUAAAGAUGUGGUGAAAAUUUCGCAAUCUCGCUAUGCCUUCGCUUGUCGGUAUAUCAAGGAUUGUGAAAUAACUGCUAACAAGAGCCCUGCAAUAGCUGUUUUUAAUAAGAAUGUUUCGAAAUCAAGUAGCAGUUCCUCAGAUGAUGAGAAAAAGGCUAUUAAAAUACCAAACUCCAAGAAGUCUGGCAGCGAGAGUUCUGAUGAUGACAAAAGCACUAAAGACAAUCACGUUGAUGGCAAUAAAAGCGACAAUAAACGAAAGGGCAAAAACGACAGUGAUGACGAUAGUGAUUCUAGUUUGGACGAUAAAAAAGCAUCGCCCCGAACGUCUAAUGAUGAACUAGAGCGAAUAAAGAAAAAACUACUAGAAACCCGCGAGUCUCAAGAAGAGCAGCAAAAGCGGUUCGAGGAGCUGCAGCAGCAGGUUAAGGACGCCAUGUUGGAACAAAACAAACGACAAGAGGAAUUGAAAAGGCAAUAUGAAGAAAUGCUCGAAGGCAAUGGUGACGGCGGGAAAAGUAUGAACGAUAAAGAAUUGGAAGAAGCCAAGAAAAUGCUUGAUGAAAAGCAAGAGGAUAUCAUUAAUGAUUUUAAAAAACAUAAAGAGCUACUCGAACAGCUUCUGCAACAACAAAAAGCGAACUCGGAAGAAGACGACUCUGAAAAACACUCCGGCAAUGAUAAGUCAAAAGGGAAGAAAAAAAAAUGGCGAAAAAAGCGUUCAUCCGAAGGACAUUCAAGUUCAUCAGAAUCCGAUAAAUCAGAUUCAUCUGACGAUGAUUCACCGAAGCAAAACAUGCCAGAACAAGAGCAUGAUGAUAAAACUCCAUCCAAAAUACAUUUCCACGUUAAAUCAGGGAAUAAAGAGGCCUGUCUUUGGACCAAGGGAUCCCACGGAUUGCUAAUUUCACGUGCACCACUUGACGAAGAUCCUGCUGUUGAAAAUCGACCUGUUCCCGCACCGCUACAAAAUGGGGAAGAGGUUUUGGCUCGAUGGUCAGAUGAUGGAUGGUAUUACACAGGAACUGUACGCGAAACUGCUGGUGAGAACUAUCUUGUUGAAGAUAGUGUUGGAAAUAUGGAAGAAAUAUCAAGAGAAAAUAUUAUAAGCGACGAAGACGACGCUGCUAACUCAAUAACGACCAAUGAUGCCGUUAUUGCCCUCCAUCCAAAUUUUUCAUUCAGUUACGCACCAGGUGUCGUAGUUAAUGUGAAUAACGACAUGUUGUUCAGCGUUCGUUUCUACGAUGGUCGCGAGGACGUAAUUCCACGUGAAGAAGUUUACUAUUUGAGUCACGAGAAAUUUUCUGCCGCCGUUGAGUUUAUUGUUCAUUGCGAAGAGAGACUUGUUGGCAUGGCUGUUGUCGCUAGAAACGAUACAGAUGGAUUGUUCUAUUUGGGUCACGUACGCGACCGUGUUGGAAAUGGCCGUCAAUAUGUUGUGCAGUGGCCAGAAGGCGAUACACAAGUGCAGAGCUCCUCUCUCAUAUUUGGUGCCCAUACUAAGCGUCAUCAGCUGGCCAUAGGAGAUAAAGUUUUGGCACUUAGCGAUAAGGCUCAAGGAAUUUAUGAACCUGGAUUAAUAACUGGCGUUAAAGGAAAGAAACUAAGCGUAAAGUUCAACAGGCGCAAAAAGGCCAGUCAAGUUGACCCAUUACAGUGUUUCUGGCUUUCCAGUGAUUAUUAUGAUAGAACUGUAGAAUAUAUUGCACAGUUAAAUGCUUUUAGUAAAGGAGCUCGCAGAUAAUCUGAAUUAAGCAACAUCCAGCAUACUGCAUGAUUGCGACGAAUGCAGUGGCCGUACAGUAAAAUUGUUGAUAAACAUCACAAUGUCUGUCUGACUGAUUAUAUCGGGUCAGAAUCAGCUGCAAAACGCUUACAGCCAAAUACGAAAUACAGAAACAAUAUGCAUGCAAUGUUGCAUUCAAAUAAUUGACCAAUGGCAAUAGUUGAUGUAACGUAGUGUAUAGGUGUAAAUAUUAAAUAUAACGAGAAACAAUGAAAAUAUCAAAUUGAUGUUAU